GAGAGGGAGGAGGAGGUCGAGCUGUAUUUUGGAUGAGGGAUCUCCUGAAUUCAGCGGGAUAAAGAUGUAGUGUGAGAGAAGCGGAACAAGAGGAGAGCUGUGCUGAGGAGAGACCUGGGGGCCGACGCCGAAACAGCCAGCGCACACACGCCGGAGAGGGGGAGAGACGGAGAGAGGGAGAGGGGGAGAGCUGGCGGUGGACUCCAGAGGGAGAAGGAGCCGGGGGGUCCACUGGUUCAUGAAGAUGCCCUCUCGCUGCAGGACUGGACUGAACAUCGUCAUCACCACCCUCUUUGCGGCGGGGGUCCUCUUCGGCAUCUUGCUGGCCUACGUGACGGGCUACCAGUUCAUCCACACCGAGCAGCACCACCUCUCCUUCGGCCUGUACGGCGCCAUCCUCGCCCUCCACCUGCUCCUCCAGAGCCUGUUCGCCUUCCUGGAGCACAGGCGCAUGCGCAGCCCCUCCCGCCCGCAGCACCUGCGGCGCUCCGUGGCGCUCUGCAUCGCCGCCUACCAGGAGGACCCCGACUACCUGCGCAAGUGCCUGCGCAGCGUGCGGCGCAUCUCCUUCCCCGGCCUCCGGGUGGUGCUGGUGGUCGACGGCAACCGGCCGGAGGACCGCUACAUGAUGGACAUCUUCCAGGAAGUGAUGGGCGGCGCCGAGCAGGCGGGCAGCAUGGUGUGGAAAGGGAAUUACCAUAGCGACGGGGGCAGCGGAGGCGGCGUCGGGGGAAGAGGGGGGCGAGGGAGCACGGUGCACAUGGAGGAGGCGGCCAGGGUGGCGAGGCUGGUGCGGCGGUGUCGGCACACCUGUAUCAUGCAGGAGUGGGGAGGGAAGAGGGAGGUCAUGUAUACAGCCUUCAAAGCCCUGGGGGAGACUGUGGACUACGUACAGGUGUGCGACUCGGACACGGUUCUGGACCCAGCCUGUACCAUCGAGAUGCUGAAGGUUUUGGAAGAGGACCCCCUGGUGGGCGGAGUUGGCGGAGACGUGCAGAUCCUAAACAAGUAUGACUCGUGGAUCUCCUUCCUCAGCAGUGUGCGCUACUGGAUGGCCUUCAACGUGGAGCGGGCCUGCCAGUCCUACUUCGGCUGUGUGCAGUGCAUCAGCGGACCGCUGGGCAUGUACCGCAACGCCCUGCUGCAACGCUUCCUGGAGCCCUGGUACCACCAGACCUUCCUGGGCAGCAGGUGCAGCUUCGGGGACGACCGGCACCUCACCAACCGGGUCCUCAGCUUCGGCUUCAAGACCAAGUUCACGGCGCGCUCGCAGUGCCAGACGGAGACCCCCACGCGUUACCUGCGCUGGCUCAACCAGCAGACGCGCUGGAGCAAGUCUUACUUCCGGGAGUGGCUGUACAACGCGCUGUGGUUCCACAAGCACAGCCUGUGGAUGACCUACGAGUCGGUGGUGACAGGCUUCUUCCCCUUCUUCCUGGUCGCCACGGUGAUCCACCUGUUCUACCGCGGGCGUCUGUGGAACAUCCUGUUGUUCCUGCUCACGGUGCAGCUGGUGGGGAUGGUGAAGGCCACUUAUGCCUGCUUCCUGAGGGGCAGCCUGGUCAUGAUCUUCAUGUCGCUCUACUCCCUGCUCUACAUGUCCAGUUUGCUGCCGGCCAAGAUCUUUGCCCUGCUCACCAUCAACAAGGCCGGCUGGGGCACGUCCGGCCGCAGGAAGAUCGUGGUGAACUUCAUCGGGGCGGUGCCCGUCACCAUGUGGGCGCUGGUGCUGCUGGGGGGCGUGGCCUACACCAUCUACUGUGAGACGCAGGAGCCGUUCAGCGAGACGGAGAAGGCGUUGCUGAUCGCCGGCGCCAUCCUGUACGCCUGCUAUUGGGUGAUCCUGUUGGUGCUCUACCUGGCCAUUGUCGCCAAGCGCUGCAACAAGAGGGAGGAACAGUACCACCUGCCCUACGCAGAGGCCUAGACACAGCCUGGAACGCUCACUGGAGAUUCUAGAACAUUCACCGGUGAAAUGUUGUGGAGCCUGAACCGAUGCCUCUAGAACUUUCACUGAACAGCCACCUUUGGAUCAUUUGAGGUUGGUAGAAAACUUCCAGCUCCAGGUUCAGUACCAGGUCCAGCAUCCAGGCCCAGGGCUGGUUUUCUUUAUUGGUGCUUGGUAUUCACAUAUACUGUAGUGUGCAUUCACGGGAGCCCUCGCUGUCUAUACCUGGUGCCACAAUCAUCUCGUGUUGUAUUUUUCCAAUCUCUACUGACUGACAGACAAUCGGACAUUUCUACCAGUGGAUAAACACUGUGUUGGUGCUGUGGACCGGUAUCCCAGUAAACGAUUCCCGGGAUAUAUCCUAAUCCACACCAGAGAAUAUCCUGAUCCACUUCAGGUGAUUCCAAAUAGCCUUGAAGGACAAGUAUCUUAGUCAGGAGUGGGUCCAUAUUUAUAAAUAGAAUGGCAAAGUGAGUUGGGUAUUUUAUUGUCAAGGUGCCAAAUGAACCCUUUAUAGUAUGAUUUUGAUAGCAUACAUACAUCAUCUGCUCCCAUGGACAAUGACCAAAGAGCACCUAUAGUAGACUGAAACAUACAUACUGGACAACAGUACUGUCUUCAUCACAGCUCAUUUGGUAAAGACAACAGCCCUUACACCUUGUUCCUCAUGUUUGGGAAAGAAGAAGAUUGUUAUAGGCUGAGAUAGACCACUCCAGGGUGGACUGUUGGUGCCGUGUCUACACUACUGUGACACAUGCUUUCUGUUUGUGGAGAGUAGUGGAAGAUUCCACUCUUGUGCUAUUUAAGUAGUUGUGUGUACAUUAUUUUAUUCUAUUCAAGUGCUUGCGGAACUGGAAACUUGAAAGUGCAAAAAAGACACAUAUUGGUAGUUUAUUUACAGAUGUAAACAGCAUCGCUUCAGAUUUCAGUACCCUGGUUUCAACCUUGUUCCACAUCAAAUGUAUACUUUCAACGACAGUCGAAAGGCCAGAUUUUUUUAAGUUAAGUAAUUUAGCCAGGAGGUAAGUUCAAUAGAUUUAUUGGAUUGGAUUUAGCCUUGUUGUUACAUAUGUCUGUGUGUGUGUUAAGGGCCUGGACAUUAUAUGGAGAGGUAGGAAGUGAUUAACUAUGUGUCUGAAUGAAUUAGUCCUUUCAGACAUCAAGAAAGAAAAAAACAUUUUUACGGUUACAUCUCUGUUGCCAAAAGGGAAACGCCCUCUCUAAAUAUGCACACACACAUACAAACCUCAACCACUUUGGCCAUUUUUCAGAAGCCAUCACAGCACGCAGGGACAGUGAGCCCAGUGUUCCCGUUUCAGCGCGGAGGCCUCUCCCCUCCCUCCUCCUCCUGGGGGAGAGCGUCUGGGCUGAUCCUGUUGAAGAACUCAGUCACAGAUGUUCUGGAAAUACUCUUCACUCAGUGCAGCUUGUCUCAUGUCACAAUGUCAACUGAUAUGUAUCAGUCUGCUAAAUCUAGUCAGUGUGUGUGUGUGUGUGUGUGUGUUUGAGACCUACAGUGAGACGUGAAACGCCCUGUCGAGGCAUCAGUCUCUUCUCAACACGCCUCCCUUUACGGCAGCUGGACACAAUGGUGACUUUGCACAAAAAAACACAACUCUUCCGUCUUAAACGAGUUCCAAGUGGAAUAUCGGUGAAUAAAGUUUCUCCUGGAGCGUAGAGCGAUCCCAGAUCAACAUGGCCCUUCUUCACGCUCUCUUUUAGGAGCUUCUGAACACGUGGGAGCCAAACCACCGAACCAGCAGGCCCAUGGAAGCUCAGCCUCUCCCUACACUCCAGAUCUGCCUGAAGACAUCGAUAGUAUAAUGCAGUCCUUCAGUUUGUGUACAUAAAGAUGUUUUGGAGCGGGGGUAAAACAUGAAAGACAGCACAUCCUUGUAUAAAAAAAACCCCUGAAAUGUAUGCUCCGUGUUUUGGAAGCUAUUUGCGUCUUUGUUCUGGCAUGGAUGGAGAUGGGUGUGUAAGAAAUAGUGGCGAGCUGUUUACGGGCAGUGAUGUUACCGUCAGUUCAUCUAAGGUAGUUG